CCGCUAGGGCAGCAUCUAGCCCUUUGUGGUGCUGUCAUGAUGUUGUAGCAUCAGGUUACCGUGACCAUGGCAACGAGUGUCGUCAUCAAGUCACGUGGGCGUGGCCGCAGGUUACGGUGAAUCACACCUCGUACCUGUCUGUGCGGUGGAACAGCGAGUCAGGGUGUUUUCUUACCUGCUCCCCUUGUGCCUUUGCAGCAAUGGAUCGUGAAAAGAUGAAAGAAAAAGAUGAUGCGAAUAAGAGGACAUGCAUUUGCAUGGGUUGGACCGUGUUUGCCGGGUGCAUGGCGGCAUGUUGUGCUACUGGUCUCAUCGUCUGUGGGGCGGUCAUCGCCGCACCGGUCAUAGAGACCAAAUCUCUGGAGUUCCAGGAGACAACCUGCACCACCAACAUGAGUUAUUUCACUGGGCAGUACAUUGACUGUGGCUGUGGUAAGAACUGUAGGUCCGAAUACCCCUGUAUGCGCAUGACCGUGACGUAUGUUGCAAACAACGUCACAUACGACGCCGUGCUGUUCGAUACGGAAUCAAGGCUGAGCAGUGAUGGUGACAAUGCCGAGAAUAGGCAGUGCGUUACGGCGCCAUGCAUCAGGGAUAGAGAGGACGGUCGUGCAGAAGUGCUGAAGUUCAACGACACCUACGCUCCUGGACAAUCCUACACGUGUCUGUACCAUCCGGACAGACCAACGAAAGUCCUGCUCACCCGACUGUUCACCUAUGACGCCAUGUUCCACUCCAUGCUGUGGACCAGCAUCGGGACCUUCAUCUUCACCGUCCUCAUGAUCUACUGCUGGUACGAGUGUUGCCAGGCGAAGAAAAAGGCGUGCUCUAUUCACGUACCCGUCUCGGUACCACCGCAAGCACCGGGGGCACAGCCCGGGUACUUCAUCACCCAGCCGCCGGCGUAUUCGGCUGGAGGCGAGAACCUACAGAUGCAACCCCCACCACAAAACCUGUACUCCUCGGAAAAGUCAGGGUACACAUACACCUAGUACAUGAAGCUGAGAGAUAGGUCGGUUGUCCAAUGUAGGCGAAUUUGUGAAAUUGGCUGUGGUGUUACCUGUUUUAGUAGUUGGCAUGGAAUGUGUAGCUAUAGGUGGUUAGACCAACUCUAAAAUAUAAAUCUUUUCAUUUUCUUAUUCAGUACAUAAUCAAGCAUAUCACUACUGUUAUAAAGAAACAGAGGCGUGUGUAUAUUUGUGUGUGUAUGUGUAUCAAAGACAAAGAGAUACUGCCCUUAUGGCCUCAAAGGCUUUGUGACUAUUUUUAUCGUCUGUACUUGUAUGUGGUACUGCUAAAAUAAGUUAUGAUAACUUGAAUGCAGUGCCACAUAGUCCUUGUCUGUCUUGUCGCAAAUCAUAUCAGCAACAUGGGCUUUAAAUGUUUGCAAAUUUUCGCUCAAGUUUGAAAGUGAAUUGACAUAUCUUUGUAUUAUUAUUUGAAUUGGAUUUUUGCUAUGGUUGCUAGUAUUAGUGACUAAUGUGACAUAGAAAAUUGUUUGUACAGUAACCAGCCUACUGUACCAAAACACAGACAGGUUCACCAUGUGAACAGUUCAAUGCCCAUGGACACUUUAGAGACCUAGUCUCUGCCAGACUAACCACACUGGCUAUAUCAAUUUGAAAGUACGUGACAAACCUAAAAGACUGUAGGAAAUGCUGGCCUGUGUUACACAGUCUCACACUGAUUGGUCCUCCUCCUCUAGCGACAUGACCAGUCGAAGGGCUACUAGAAGCUUGAUGUAGUCAGGCUAUGGGAAAUACCAUUGGUUCUACAGAUGUGUGUGUGUUCAUAAGAUAUCUAUAUAUUCUUUUAUCUCUUUGUAUAUAUACUGUUUAGAGAUGUUGCUAAUUUUUGUACCGAUAUUUCAGAAAUGCCACAAAAUUAAAAUCUUACUUAUGGGUACUAUAA